CUAAUAUCUGUGAUCAUGCUUUGCGAGAAUAAUCAAUACAAAUUUUCUUCUGCCGACAAAAUUGGCGGAGAAUAUUCGCCCAUAUGUUUGAAAUCUUUUUUCGGGAUUAUUUUGUCGUCCGUGGUGAAGUUUUUGGCAGGCGGAAGGGAGUUGACUUGUUGUCGUUUUGUAUUUUGCGAAAACUUACCCAGAAAAAGAGAAAAGAAAAUGACGGAACGACAACUGGACUAUGCAUUGGAUUUAAUGCGAAGACUUCCUCCUCAACAGAUUGAAAAGAAUCUUAGUGAUUUAAUUGAUUUGGUCCCGGAUUUAUGUGAAGACCUAUUAUCAUCUGUUGAUCAGCCUUUAAAAGUUGCUCGAGAUAAGACAACUGGAAAAGACUACCUGUUAUGUGAUUACAACAGAGAUGGUGAUUCUUACAGAUCACCUUGGAGCAAUUCAUAUGACCCACCAUUAGAAGACGGUGCUGUACCAUCGGAAAAACUCCGGAAACUUGAGCAAGAGGCUAAUGUAGCGUUUGAUCAAUAUAGAGAAAUGUAUUUUGAAGGAGGUGUUUCGUCAGUAUAUCUUUGGGACUUGGAUCAUGGCUUUGCAGGUGUAAUUUUGAUCAAAAAAGCUGGGGAUGGAUCAAAGAAAAUAAAAGGUUGUUGGGAUUCAAUUCAUGUUAUUGAAGUCCAGGAAAAAUCAGGUGGACGUAAUGCUCAUUACAAACUCACAUCAACUGUUAUGCUGUGGCUACAGACAAACAAACAAGGUUCUGGAAUUAUGAAUCUUGGCGGAAGUUUAACACGUCAGGUGGAGACAGAUUCCCCUAUCUCUGAAGCUGGCUCGCAUAUUGUGAACAUGGGAAAGUUGAUAGAGGAUAUGGAAAAUAAAAUGCGUAAUACACUCAAUGAAAUUUACUUCGGUAAAACAAGAGACAUAGUCAAUGCUCUCAGGAGUAUUCAGAGUUUGGAAGAUGCUGGAAAAAUGAAGAAUGUCCAAGCGGAAUUAUUCCAACGUCUGCAGAACAGAGGGAAAUAGUUUUCUACUUUAUUUUGAUGCAUUGACAUAACCAAUAUAAACUAUUUGUAUAUGAUUAUACUUGGAAAAUCUACCCAAUAUUUUAAGUGCAGUUGGUCAAUUUUAUUUUGCAAAUGAAGUGCAAAUAGUCUCUCAUCAUCAUAUUCAUUAGAUCAGAGUCAAAUGUACUGUAAUAAGUUUGAAUUUUUUGUGUUUUCCUAAUGAUGAUUGAGAUUUUUUUGUUUUGAAUGAACUAAUGUACUGUGUCACAUAAAGUAUGAGAUAAAUGGAACCCCUGUAACCAUUUUUUGUUAUACAGUAACUUCUAAGAAAUUUUAUAUUUUGAA